ACGGAUAGGUUGGUUUUACUGCCGUGCGUGAGGUGUUUGAAGGUGACUGGGCCACACGAGCAUUGGAACGUUAGUGCGCGCCAAGACGAGGGUACACAGAAAAUUUCAAAGUGACCCGGUUUUCCAGCGCUCCAGUUUGGUCGUUCCGCUGUGGGAAUGCUAGCAUUGAUUAUUUUUUUUGUUGUUGUUGAUGCAAAUCAUGAUCCCAGCGAUGGCGUCGUUGCUUUCUCUCGCCGCACGAGCUUCCGGCUGGAUGUUUCACCGGUCGAAACUAUGAAAUUUUGUGGAUUCUCGAGAUUUUAUUCAACAAAGGCGUGUCUGAGUUCCCGUUUGUGGGUGCGGAUUCCGGGGUUUCCGUGAAACGGAGGAUUGGCUUAGCUUGACUCCUGGGGGCUUUGCUUUGCUUGGCAUCUCUUGGCUUCCACGUUUCCGGAUUCAACAACAGGUUUAGGAGAUCAAAAUCGUGCCUUCUGUAGAUUUCGUGGUCCAGAUUGGUGAAAUGUGGAUGAUGGGUAUCGGAUUGCGUAAUGUGGCGUGAGGUAAGUGGGCCGCUGCGUAGGCGCCACCAGUAACGCGGACCAAUUCACGUUCAUGUCUUCUGUCUUCUGAUUUGCGAUUAUGCGGACAGUGCUCCGGGACGUUUGAACGUUGCAAGAAUGAAUUGAAGAAGGCAAGUCAGUGUGAAGAGUUCCGCUGGUGAUUGGGAAAUUCGCAUCACGCGGUCUCAUCGCUGAUUUUCGCAGGAACAUGCAUUUGUCUGUAACUUUCUUUCCUGUUGCGUUGUGAUUUUGAAGAUCUAUUGUGCAAUUGAUCAUGUCCCAAUAAUCGAGUUCCUUUGAGAAAGGGGUUUCAGCUUAGGAGUCCCGAAAGGGGUUCCUCUUGGAUUGCAGGCAUACUUUUUAUAAUCACCUCCAUCCAAGGUUUUGCUUCGCCGUCCUUCUCUAACGGGAAGAUCAUCGCUGCGGUCGUGCGGCUACUACCAGAGUUGUGGAAUUCCAUAUUCAUGAAUUGAGAAUUUGAGGACCUCCUGAACUAUUAAUUCAUCAAUCUCCUGCACGAAGCCGCGCGAUUUUAGAACACAGUGAGGGCUGUUGGUGUUUCUCCCCAGGAAUUUUCGAUCUCGUAAUGAGACCAUUCGGAGCAGGGGAAAUUGCGCGGGAUUUUGAGGGGGGUUGUGAAGACUGAGUCAAUCUUAGGGAGGUCCAACGGAUGGCAAUGUAGAGUAAUGUUGGCUCACUCGACGAUGCAGCACAAUAGAUUUCUGGUGUCUUAAACAUCGCGCAUCAUGCACAGGCAGGCUAUGCUUGUGUCUUUGUCACUGUCCCCAGCGUCCACUGCUGCCAUGAAUGACAAGCGCUGGGCUUUCCUGGAAGAAAUAGAUGCGCCUCAAUGGGCAGACCUGAAAGUUGAAGAAGCUUUGGCAAAAGCAGGAACGAUUGGAGACGACCCUUGGUUCUAUCGUAGCCAUUCGCAUCACGAGGUUCCGCUAACAGAUAUUACCGGCGUUAACGCUGCCGACAUUAAAGACCUAAAUUCCAACUUCCGAGCAGCUCAAUUAGAUAGGAAGAAGAAGCAUGGUACGUCGAAAGGGAAGCUUGCUUUUGAUGGUGCCACUGUGACCAAGACCAAGGAUACCAUCAAGGAAGAACGUCACGAAGAAAGUCCAAGAGCUGUGUAUAGCUCAGGGUGCCAUGACACUUUUGUUGAAUCCCCGAAGGAUUGCAUCGCUUCACCAAUUCUAUGUAAAUCACCAGAAAAUAUCUUCGGUUCCCGGAAGUUCAUAACUACUACCUCAGAUGACUUUCUGAGAUCAUCUGAUGGACUUGGGGCUCUACAAAGCUUCAAUUCUAGAUUCAAUUUACGUGAAAGCCUUAUUGCCAAUGGCUGCACCAGUAGGGAUUCUGAUGUAAGGAACAGUCAGCCAGAGAUAGUGAAAAGCAGACACAACAGGUCCAUAUCGGAUUCAUCAGCGGGGCAGUCAGGAAUUUGUGAGGAUGAGGACACAUCAGCCCAGCCUAAAGCAGCUUGGCAAGAUGCAAUUUUUUCUAGACUGAAUGAUACAAGUAGUCUGAGAAAGAGCCUCGGUUCCGCAGUUAGAGGGAGGACUGACGGGUCUGAUGACGCUUCUGUCAACAAACAGGGAGCAGGUACACUUCCUAAAUCUAGACUGGUCCGUCAAAGCGCGGAGCAAAGCUCCGCAGUGCAACCAGCGGUCAGCAGUUCUGCGACAGGGUUUACCGCUAUCAAGAAUUAUGAUGGUGCCUCGACUGCGAGUUCUCGAUCUGAUGCUGCCCGUUCUUGUGACGUGAGCUCUGGUUUUGGAUUGGUCAAUAAGCUGGGAGUUAAUUCCUCUGUUCAAGCUUUUGAUGAUAUUCGUAGAAUGAGGAGAAGCUGGGGGUCUGCAUUACGGGUAGAAGUGAGUGACGAUUCGUCAGUUGAAGACGCAAUUGCGAAGCAUGACGUUCCUGAAGCGCCUCCAGUUUCUGAUGCGAAGGCUUGCUCACCUCUGAAGCUAGAUAGAAUGGCAAUCGACUUUCCAUCAGUGGUGGACUUGAAAGCUAUCAGAACUGAUCUCGUAGAAAAGAAGCUACCUGACAUCGAAGUGCCUGCGCUGGCCCGGGCUGGUGAGCGCAGAUCACAAAUUUUUAGUGGCAAAGGGGAAGAUGCAGAAUCGUCUUCACCAAGAGUUAUUGCAAACGGAUCGAAGAAGAACUUCAGGCGGUCUGUGUCAUUUGAUCAUACUUCGGGUAGGGGGGCGGACAAGACCCCCGUUCCAUCUCGAAGCUCUCUUCUUCAGCAAAAACAAGCUUCAAGAGCUUCUCCGAUUUCGGCCUCUCGUACUAAUGGCGUGGUUAGAAAAGGAGAGAAAGUCAGUCUCCUCUCGAAAGGAGGCAAAGAGAAUACGAGAAUCCAAUCUCCAUCGAAGUCAAAGCUCAACCCAGAACCAGCAGUAAGCAAUCUGUUGCCCAGGAUGAGUCGGCAAUCCGUUACCAGGACGAGUAUGCCGAGCCUGACGUUUGCUGCCCAUGCUAGAGCUGCCAUGAGAGAAAAUGGAGGAUCUAAUCUCAAACCUAGCAACAAUGGCGUUCUAGACACAAAUGUAUUAGAUUCCAGUAAGGCUGCUACAUCCACUGCUACGUCUGCCGUUAGGAAAUCUGUAUCAGGAUCAGAAAUCGGAUCUCGGAAGAAGACGGUCGCAACUCCAGUUACAGUCUCGAAAACCCCCUCUAAAACCAGGCAAUCAGCAUUGCGGUCAAGUAUGCCUGUGUUUUCUUCGUCUUCCGUCAAGCAGGCUGGUAAUCCUGUACCAGAAACCGGGAUGUGCCAUAAGCAUGAACAGAAGAAAUCUAAUAAGAUGAGCAACGUAGAGACAGAUUUAGCAGGUCUACAAGCAGAGCACAACCGCAAAUUUCGGCCCAAGACCAAGUAUGAGCCUAGAAUCCACUCUGUGAAAGACAUCAGGGAGUGGGAGGCUAGAACCGGACAGUUAUUUUAUAACUUGCCCCCAGCAGAGCGUGAGAAAGCGAAUGUGGAAAUUAGUGCUGCAAAGCAACCGCGGCUAAAAUGAAUGCCAUAUUCAUAUAUCUACACAACUUCACGCAACUUUCAGGUUGAGUAGCCUCCGGCCCGUUAAUGGGUUCCGGUUGCGACUUGUAUCAUAUCUUUGAGUAGAAACUGAUACUGGCACUGUACAGUACAUUGGAGCGUCUCCAUUCACCCUUGUACUCCUUUCAUCCGUGGCUCGAGGCAUUGGUUGUAGAAAAUUAUUGAUAUGAACAUUUAUUCGCUCCGUGAGAACGGGCAGAGAAGAUAAUUUGUGUGUAUGUACAGGAGAUCUACAUACCCGAAGGAAACCCACCCUGCUGAAUGUACUCGAGAUAUUGUGCCCUUAGUUAUGAGCUAUUGUGUUAACUUA